AUGCUGAGGAAUCUUGUGAGAUUGCACAGUCGUCUGGGGCAUGCCCUAUCUCCCCCCACUGUCUGCCCAAGAGGUCAAGUUCUUAAGCUGCUCCCUCUGAUCUCUGUAAACUCAAAAUCCUACUCCAUUGUCACAGGUAAGCGGUGUACCAAUGACUUGUUAAUCAAAUAUCAAGAAGGCUUUCAAGAGCUUGCUGGAUUACAAUGUUCCUGGCUAUAUGCAACAUGGAGGUUGCACAGUUCUUGUCAUGUUGACUUUGUUUUGCUCUCAUCAACAGAAAGAAAGAAAUUCUACGAGGAUGUCAGCAUAUCCCACGGAGAGGGUGAGUACUGUAUCGGGACUUGGAGAGUAAGGGACUUUCUCUCUUCAAAUUAUUUAAAUAUGAAGUCUGAGUGCUAAGAACUCACUUUUUUUUCUCACCUUGAUAUUUGGUCUGCAGGUGGCAUGUUUGAGAUAAACCUGGACCGGCGGAAACUGAAGACACCAGGAGGAAAGCUUUUCACAGCCCCCAAUGAAGCCUUAGCCAUAGCCGUGGCGAAUGAGUGGGAUACUCAGAAAGACACGCUCAAGUUCUACAGCAUGCAUAUGGUAUGACCUUUUACCUUAGUACUUUUGUUCAAUGCUUAAUGUUGUCUGUAUCUGAAAUGGUCACUGUACCCCAUACAGGGCACUACUUUCACUAGAGCUUUUGACUUGGGCCCGGAUUCAAACUAAUGCUCUAUAUGGGGGAAAAGGGUGCCAUUUGAGAUUUGUUCUCUCUCCUCCUCCAGACCACUCUUUGCAACACAGCCCUAGAUAACCCUACGUUCCGCAGCAAGGACCAAAUGAUCACCGCUGCCCUCAAGUAUCUGGAGACUGACACUAUCUGGUACGCAGAGAUCUUAGUAGUAGCAUGGGGGUUUAGGUUCCCUCCAUCAGUAAUUAUUUAUACAGAUCAUUAAUGUGUAUGAUUGCAUAGGGAUUGAAACUGUGUGUAUGUUGUCUCCUUGCAGUUACAGAGUUGAGGAGCCUCCAUCUCUAGUGGAGCUUCAGAAUAAUGAAUGGGACCCUGUGUUGAACUGGAUUGAAGACCGGUUGGUUUCACUUUAAGAUGAUCAUUGACUCAUUUUCUGUGAGUUACUUUACUAAAAGUUCACUGGACAUGUCUACGUAUUUGCCUGUCAUCUUCAGCAAAGGAGGGAAACAGAAAUUUGUAGCAUUGUCUUGAGAAUACUUGAAUUAAUGUUUUUCUCUUUCAGGUACAACGUAGUCAUUGGCUCCUCCACCAGUAUACUAGGGCCAGAGAUCCCACAGGCGACGAUGGAUACUUUCCGCCAGCACCUGGGUUCCUAUAACCUCUGGUCCCUGACAGGUAAAAGCAUCUGAGUCAUUAGAGAUAUUCCCAUCCUGUGCACUUGUGCAGAUUAUGUACUGUAUGUGGGUGCUAAAGGAAUCAGCCUCUUGCAUAGACCAAUGGACUAAAAAUGGAGAGAGAAUCCUCUCUAUUUUCAGUUUGUUGGGCCACUUCAGGUAGAGGCUCUUGCUUUGCACUCAGAAGUUGCACCAGUGUUUAUGAUCACAUAAUAUUGUGGAGUCUCAGUUAAAUAGACUGUACACUACUGUACUAGUAUUCUUUGUGUGACCUCCUCUGUGUGUAGGACUGGAGUAUGUGAUCACCCAGCUGAAGUCAGUGGUGCUUGCCUUUGCGUUAAUUGACAAACACAUUACAGUGGAGCAGGCCGUGCUGCUGUCACGACUAGAGGCGGAGUUCCAGGUAUGA